UGUAGUAAAUAAAUUUAUUAAUACUGAUGUUAAUCAUUAAUUGUUGACGGAAUGUAAUUGUUGCAAUUUAUGUGAGAAGAAAUUUUAGUGAUUAACAACCCAAGAAUAAGAGGCAACCGCAACAAACAAAAUUCUUAGAACCGGUAACAACAAUGUUCAAAGUACAAAAUUUACUUAUAAUAUGGCUGUGGCUGUGUACAAAACUUUUCACAAAUGCAUUUAAAUUCAAUGAAAUAUUGUCAUCGAAAAUGGUCGAAUUUCAAUGGCCUGAUAUGGAAACACGUGCGAGGGCUGAAAUGAAUGGAUUGUAUAUACCAGGACAUAAUGUUCCAUUAGGAUUGGAUCGUUGGAAUGAUAAAUUGUUUAUUACCGUUCCCAGAUGGAAGAAUGGUGGAGCAUCUUCUCUAAAUUAUGUAGAUUUGAAACGAAUUGGAGAAAAUAAAUCACUUCCAUUAAUUCCAUAUCCAAAUUGGGAUGCAAAUACAUUACCCACAGAUGACAAUAUUAAUCCUAGUAAAAUAAUUAACACAUUCCGAGUUAAAGUCGAUGAAUGUGAUCGAUUAUGGAUCAUGGAUGCCGGAAAGACUGAUGUAUUUUCUGAGAAGCCAGCAUUAUUUUUACCACCUGGAAUUGUUAUUUACGAUUUGAAAACGGAUCAAUUUAUUCGCCGACAUCAUUUUGAUGAAAAAGAUGUUAAGGAUGAGUCGUUUUUCACGAAUAUUGUUAUUGAUACAGAUAAGGAUAACUGCGAUCAAGCUUUUGCGUAUAUUACUGAUCCAAAUGCACAAGGAUUAAUGGUGUACAGUUAUGCUGCAGAUGAUUCAUGGCGUGUCGAACAUCAUUUCUUCCAUUUUGAUCCAUUAAAUGGUGAUUUUAAUGUUGGUGGUGUUAAUUUCCAGUGGUCUGAUGGUGUUUUUGGUUUAGCUUUAUCGCCAAAGAAUGCCGAUGGUUAUCGGACAAUAUAUUUCCAUCCAACAGCUAGUACCAAAGAAUUUACAGUUUCAACAGAAGUAUUACAAAAUAAAACUGCGGCCCUGUCGGAAGAAAAAUAUUACCAAUUCAAGUUUAUUGGUGAACGUGGAAUGAAUACUCAUUCAUCAACUAGUGUCAUGGAUCCAUACUCUGGUGUAAUAUUUUAUUCACAAAUUCAACGUGAUGGUAUUGCAUGUUGGAAUACAAAAAGACCAUUAAAUCCGGAAAGUUUCCAUUUGAUUAUACAUAAUCCGCAAACUAUGGUAUUUGCUAAUGAAGUUAAGAUUGACCAAGAUAACAAUAUUUGGAUGAUGUCAAAUCGUAUGCCACAAUUCUUGUACAAACAAUUAAAUUUUGAUGACAUUAAUUUCCGUAUAUUUAUGUCACCUGUAAAUGAUAUUUUGACUGAUUCUCCAUGCGUAUAAUUACUCAUCGAUGGGAUAAAAUCAUCGAAUUCACAAAAAUUAUA